AUGCUCCGCUUCACGGUUUGCUUGGUGGCCACGGCCGUGUGUAUAUGCACAUCCGCGUUGGCUUCUCCACAAUAUGGCAGCGCUCCAACUCCAGCAGCAUCCUCGUAUGGCGGGAGUGGUGGUUAUGCCGGUGCCGGUGCCGGUACGGGUGCCGCACCAGCAGCUCAGGUAAUUGAAUUGCCCGCCAAUGUUGAAGCUCAAGCGGCCGCUUUGACAAAUGCUGCUGGCGCUAAGGCGACAGCUGCCAAAAUCAAUGCACUCAAAUGGGAUUUGCUCAAUUUGUACGGUUAUGAAAUCGGUUAUCCAUUGUUGGUGAAGAAAUACGGACCAUUGACCUCAUUGUUCUCCGCCUCGUUGCCACCACGCAGUUUUGUUGGAAAGAUCGAUCCUGCUUUCUUGAAAGACUCUUACGGCAAGAUCAAAUAUGUUGGCGAAAGUUCGAUCGGUGUUGCGGCAAUUUAAAAUGGCUGCGCCUAAAACGCGACUGUAAAUUAUUGUUAAAGUAGCUAAGAAUAAAACUAUAAUUUUUUAAGUGG